CCAAGGUCCUGAAAUCUGCUUUCCCAAGCAUGCGUCAUGUGACUUCACCCAGCACUGCCUAGCUCAGCACCAAGCCUACUGGUUUCUGGAGAUUUCAUGUGAGAAAAGGACAAACCCCGAACCCCUUUUCCUCUCAUCUUGCGUUGUUUAGACUCUUUCUUUUUCCUCGCCCUCCCCCACCUCUCCGUCUUUUUUUUUCCUGUAUCGGAUAAUGUGGACCACCAAAGCGCACGGAGUAUGACAAAAGAUUUUAGGAUGCUGGACUUGUGCUGCUCGUUUUGUUCCUCUCUUUUUACUUAAAUGCCAACACGGUGAAUGCGUCGGACAGAGUGGACGAGCCUGCUGCCAGUUGUCCGCAUUCAGAAAGUCAGCAUCUUGUCUUUCUUGAUUUUAUUUUCCUCUGGAGCGACUUCAGAAGGAUGUAACGACCGAUCCACCUUUGCGCAGCCGAAGUCUCCUCAUCAAAAUGCAGAAGGGAAUACGACUUAAUGAUGGUCAUGUCACCUACCUGGGGCUUUUGGCGAAAAAGGAUGGUACGAGGCGAGGGUGCUUGAGCAAAAAGAGCUCAGACAACACGAAAUGGCACACAAAGUGGUUUGCUUUGUUACAAAAUGUGCUCUUUUAUUUUGAGAACGAGUCCAGCUCUCGACCCUCGGGAUUAUACCUGUUGGAGGGAUGCAUAUGCGACAGGGCGCCUUCACCCAAACCUUCACAGUCAGCCAAGGAGUGUUUGGAAAAGCAGUACUAUUUCACUGUCAGCUUCACCCAUGAAAACCAAAAGGCGCUCGAGUUACGCACAGAAGAUGUAAAGGACUGCGAUGAAUGGGUGGCUGCAAUAUCACACGCCAGUUACAGAAACUUGGCCAACGAGCAUGAGACUCUCAUGCAGAAGUAUCUUCAUCUGCUUCAGAUUGUGGAGACGGAGAAAACAGUUGCUAAGCAACUUCGACAACAGAUAGAAGAUGGGGAAAUAGAGAUUGAGAGGCUUAAGUCAGAGAUCGCCGGGCUGCUCAAAGACAACGAGAAAAUUGGCUCCAGCCCAGCGGCCGUCCCAACCGAUGACGACACAGAAAUCAAGAAAAUCAAAAAAGUCCAGAGCUUCCUGCGAGGCUGGAUCUGCAGGAGGAAGUGGAAGACAAUCAUCCAGGAUUACAUCCGCUCACCGCAUGCAGAGAGCAUGAGGAAGAGGAACCAGGUGGUAUUCAGCAUGUUGGACUCGGAGGCCGAGUACGUCCAGCAGCUUCACAUCCUGGUGAACAACUUCCUGAGGCCGCUGCGCAUGGCGGCCAGCUCCAAGAAACCGCCCAUCACUCACGAUGAUGUCAGCAGCAUCUUCCUCAACAGUGAAACUAUUAUGUUUCUACAUCAGAUAUUUUACCAGGGUCUAAAAGCCAGAAUAGCAAGCUGGCCAACAUUAGUGCUGGCCGACCUGUUCGACAUCCUGCUGCCCAUGCUGAACAUCUACCAGGAGUUUGUGAGGAACCACCAGUACAGCCUGCAGAUCCUGGCUCACUGCAAGCAGAACCGUGACUUUGACAAGCUGCUGAAGCAGUACGAGGCCAAGCCCGACUGCGAGGAGAGGACUCUCGAGACCUUCCUCACUUACCCCAUGUUCCAGAUUCCCCGCUACAUUCUUACGCUCCACGAACUUCUGGCCCACACACCCCAUGAACAUGUAGAGAGAAACAGUCUGGACUACGCCAAAUCUAAGCUGGAGGAGCUUUCCAGAAUCAUGCACGACGAAGUGAGCGAGACCGAAAACAUCAGGAAGAACCUGGCGAUAGAGCGUAUGAUCGUAGAGGGCUGCGAGAUUCUCCUCGACACCAGCCAGACAUUUGUGAGACAAGGGUCUCUCAUCCAGGUGCCGAUGAGCGAGAAGGGCAAGAUCACCCGUGGGCGACUGGGCUCUCUGUCUCUGAAGAAGGAGGGGGAGAGGCAGUGCUUUCUCUUCUCCAAGCAUUUAAUCAUCUGCACCAGGGGUUCUGGGGGAAAGCUUCAUCUCACCAAGAAUGGAGUAGUCUCGCUUAUAGACUGCACUCUUAUGGAGGACCCGGAGGGGACAGACGAUGAGUCCAAAUCAGACAAGAGCGGCCAGGACAUGGAGCACCUGGACUUCAAGAUUGUCGUGGAGCCAAAGGACAGCCAGUCAUUCACAGUCAUCCUGGUCGCCUCCUCGAGGCAGGAAAAGUCUGCAUGGACCAGUGACAUCAGCCAGUGCAUAGACAACAUCCGCUGCAAUGGGCUGAUGAUGAACGCCUUCGAAGACAACUCCAAAGUCACAGUGCCACAGAUGAUCAAGUCAGAUUCAAGUCUGUAUUGCGAUGAUGUCGACAUCCGCUUCAGUAAGAUGAUGAACUCCUGCAAGGUGCUGCAGAUCCGCUACGCCAGCGUUGAGCGCCUGCUGGAGAGACUGACCGACCUUCGUUUCCUCUCCAUCGACUUCCUCAACACCUUCCUGCACUCCUAUCGCGUGUUUACCACCGCCGAUGUGGUGCUAGACAAGCUCAUCACCAUCUACAAGAAGCCCAUCAGUGCCAUCCCUGCUCGGUCCCUGGAGUUAUUCUUUGCCAGCAGUCAGAACAGUAAACUCCUGUAUGGAGAGCCUCCCAGCUCCCCCAGGGCCAGCAGAAAGUUCUCCUCCCCACCUCCUCUCGCUAUCGCCAAGAAUUCAUCCCCAAACCGCCGGCGCAAGCUCUCCCUCAACAUCCCCAUCAUCACUGGGGGCAAAGCUCUUGACCUGGCUGCCCUCAGCUGCUCCUCAAAUGGCUAUGCAAGCAUGUACUCAUCCAUGUCCCCAUUCAGCAAGACCACCUUGGACAUCAACAAACUGUAUGUGUCCAGCCCCAUCUCCAGCAAAAUCCCAGAUGAGGGAGAGGACAAGAAGGACAAAGUGGAGGACACUUCAGUGUGCAAACAAGAUCUCUCUGUACGAGAAGAAAGUGACAACGAUCAAAACCAGAGUGAUGACGGGGACACAGAGGCCUCUCCCACCAAGUCACCAACCACCCCGAAAAACAUCAAAUGCAAAAACUCCUCAGAGUUCUCCCUGUUUUCCUACAACAAUGGCAUGGUGAUGUCCUCGUGUCGAGAGCUGGAUAACAACCGCAGUGCCCUGUCUGCUGCCUCAGCCUUUGCUAUUGCUACAGCUGGAGCCAAUGAGGGCACACCUACCAAGGAAAAAUAUCGGCGGAUGUCCCUCGCCAGCACUGGUUUCCCAACAGAUCAGAGAAAUGGAGACAAGGAGUUUGUGAUCAGACGAGCAGCGACCAACAGAGUCCUGAAUGUGCUGCGGCACUGGGUGUCCAAACACUCUCCGGACUUUGAGAGUAACAAUGAGCUGAAGACAAAAGUUAUUGCCUUCCUGGAGGAAGUGAUGCACGACCCUGAGCUGCUGACCCAGGAGAGGAAAGCAGCAGCAAACAUCAUCAGGACUCUAACUCAGGAAGAUCACGGUGACAAUCAGAUCACCCUUGAAGACGUGACACAACUGGUGGGAGAAGGGAAGGCCGAGCCCUUUGAGAACCACUCUGCGUUGGAGAUCGCAGAACAGCUCACUCUGCUGGACCACCUGGUGUUUAAGGUCAUCCCAUACGAGGAAUUCUUCGGACAAGGCUGGAUGAAGAAUGACAAAAAUGAGAAGACGCCGUACAUCAUGAGAACAACAAAGCACUUCAAUGAUAUAAGCAACCUUAUUGCUACAGAGAUCCUGCGCUGUGACGACGUGGUCACUCGAGUGGUGGUCAUAGAGAAAUGGGUGGCUGUGGCUGACAUCUGUCGCUGUCUCCACAACUACAACGCCGUGCUCGAGAUCACCUCCUCCCUUAACCGCAGCUCUGUCUUCCGCCUCAAGAAGACCUGGCUCAAGGUUUCCAAGCAGACGAAAGCAUUGAUUGACAAGCUGCAGAAGCUGGUCUCAUCAGAGGGGAGGUUCAAAAACCUGAGAGAGGCUUUGAAGAACUGUGAUCCUCCCUGUGUGCCCUAUCUGGGGAUGUACCUUACUGACCUGGCUUUCAUCGAGGAAGGAACACCAAACUACACCGAAGACAACCUGGUCAACUUCUCGAAGAUGAGAAUGAUUUCUCACAUCAUCAGAGAAAUCAGGCAGUUUCAGCAAACAGCAUACAAAGUUGACCUGCAACCAAAGGUAGCCCAGUAUCUACUGGAUAAUAGCUUUGUUCUGGAUGAAGAAAGCAUGUACGAAGCCUCACUCAGAAUUGAGCCUAAAGUGCCCAAUUGAUGAGGAAGCUGGUCGUCCACAUUAUCUCCUCUGUUAAUACUACACAUCAGUUAACAUACACAUCAACUUUUGUAUAGUUGUACAUGUUUAAGAUAUUUGCUCUUCUGUACAGUAGAUGUUUAAGGUUGUUUGACGUCACAAAACCUUUCAGUGUAUAUUUUUUGUUUGUUAUCGUUGCCAUGACGCCACCUGCUUUAAGGAUUUAUUUUUUAUUUUUGGGGGGUAUUUCGAGCAUAAUAACAGAGGUCUCUUUGGUUGCACACGACUGUGUCCUCUCAGUGACCAAUGACAUUAUUUUGCAUCAUCUCAUACUGUGUUGACUUUGCACUUUCUGAGCAUUCGUGCUGCCGGCCGUUGUUCUCUUUGCUUGAGUUUUAUCGAUGACUGAGUUUCUCUGCAACCAAUGUAGCAUUGUAAAAAUGUAACUGCAUCAAAUCAGGUAAAAGAGCACAGAGAAUACAGCUGUAUUUAAAGAUAGGGGACAAUGAUCAGUGGAGGCGACAGAGAGGUACACGAAGCAUAACUGUCUCUGUGCUUCCCGAGCCAAAACAAGAGGGAUUUGUUUCUUCAUUUUUGCUCUCUGAAGUCAGAGGUUCCCCACCAUGUUUAGCACUGCAGACAGUUUUUAUAUUGACGAUAUCAUUGCGGACAAGCCCCAUGGGAUAGACCGGCGAUUAAAAGGAAAACAGAGCUACUAACGCUGAAUGAGUGGUCAGUGUGCUGAUGGAGACAUCAGGAGCCAAAUGCUAACAUCAGCAUGCUAACAUGCUCAUGUUUACCAUUUUCGCCAUCUUUGUUUAGUGUGUUAGCAUGCUGACGUUUGCUAAUAACCCCUAACAAUUCAAUUCAGUCCAAAACACUCUAUUAGACAAUAUUGGCUGGCACAUAAAUAAAGGUAACACUAUAUAGGAAAUUUUAAAAAUACUUUCAAAUGCAAGGAAAGCUGUACACAUUACCUAUAACACAUAAACCUAAUAUAAGCUGUAGCCUACUAAUAACGAUAACGACAUGAGAAUAAAGUGCAAACACACAAACUAACACAAACUACAGCUAAGGCCGAUGGGAAUGUUGUUAGUUUUGCAGGUAUUUGAUCAAAAGUAUUUAACCAAUUUGAAAGGUCCACAAGAUUUACGGAAUCUAUCGGCAGAAAUAGUAUAUAAUAUUCAUAACUAUAUUCUCAUUCAUUAGUUUAUCAUCACCUGAAAAGUUAUAAUUGUACUUUUGUUACAUUAGAAUUUGUUUGAUUACCUUAUAGUUACAUCACCAUAGCUCUCCUACCCCAGGGGUAGGCAGCCUGCAGCUCUGGAGCCACAUUCGGCUCUUCAUGCCCUUUGACAAAAACAAAAAAAAAUCAUAUGGAAAUUAAUUUUAAAAUUCAUUUAUUAGUGCUGUAUGCCUAAAGUGAUUCUGACACUCUUCACCUGUAAAAACGUGUAGACUAUAUACUGAAUAAAAAUAACUUUAUUUAACAACAACAUUUAGACAACAGAAAUAUGGGUCAGUCAUCUUCAGCUCAGUGCCUUUCCACUACAUUUUGCCAAAUCUUAAUAGCAGUGGCUACAGUAGUCUCGAGUCUUCCUCGUUUGGCUUGCUGUGGUUUUCAAAUCCAAAAAGGAAAAGUUUUGGAAGACAACAGAAUUUAAUAGUGUGUGAAGAGAUGUGUUUGCUUCUACCACCAACUCGGCAAAGUUAAAGUUCCAAAUAAUCAUAAAUAGCCCACUGCAGUGCCACCUGGUGGUAAAACAUGUUAAUGAAUGCUCAUUUAGACCUUUUUGUAAUGUCUACAGGCUGGAUUUUUAAAAAUGAUUCCUGAUCUAGAACGGCUCCUUUGAUAGUGAAGGCCGCCGACCCCUGUCCUACAUGCUUGAAACACAGGAGAACUUUCAGCUCUGCAACCUCACCACUAGAUGCCACUAAAUCCUACUUACUGGACCAGGGCUAUUCAAUUACAAAUUCAAUUGCGACAGACUUUUUCAGCAACCUACUGAAAACCUUUUUUAGCUUACACACACACACACACACACACACACUGUAUAUACAUAUAUUAUUGCACUUACUCACAGUAACAAGUGUAGUUGUUGUCAGCUAGAGUAAUCUUGAAGUUAUAUUCCCUUCAUCUGCACAGCGGCCUCUCUGCUGUUGUCUGACUUCACUCUGUCGCAUUUGUACGUGCCUGUGUAGUGUCUCUGCAUGUGUGUGUGCUGUGAAGAGUAGGUCAGCCCUGACAUGCAGAGAGCAGGAGAGAGGCUGCAGCUGUAUGAUACAUGAAAACAAAACUUUAAAAGGUAAUGAUAAAAGACCCAAUAACGUCAGAGCUUAUUAUUACUACGGUCCAGAUUAAUUUUGCCCCGGGCCAUUUAUUACCAGCUCUCCGUACCCAUCCUGUCCGGCUCACUCAGAGGUUGCUUCUGGGCUGCAUGUGGCCCGUGGGCCACCAAUGAAUAGACCUGCACUAGAAGUCAGGGAUCACCAUAGUUAUUAUAAUUCAUCCUGAGGGCGACAAGAAUAUUUGUACCAAAUUUCAUGACAAUCCAUCACACAGUUGUUGAGACUUUUCACUACAAAACAGAAAUGUGUGAUCCUCAUGGUGGCGCUAGAGGAAAGAGGGGGUCACUAAAGUCAGUAAGCCUCAUCCUCUGGGUGUGUUAGAUAUUUGUACCAAAUUUCAAUGCAAUCCAUCUUAUAGUUGUAGUAUUUCAGUUUGAAAAUACCCAUUAUACACAGUCUGGAUCAAAGUGGUGGUGACAGACUGACCAGCACUGCCAUGUCUAGAGUCAUACUGCUAGCACAGCUUAAAACUAAUGCCUAGUUGAUGAGAAUAUGACAGAUGCAGUUUCUUUGCUCCCUGAUAGCAGAUUUUCUGAGGGCCAGUAACGGUCUACGGGGGUUGGGAACCUCUGAUCUAAUGUCUUCAUUAACUUAAAACUGACAACAUUUUAACCGUCUUUUUAUUUGUCUCUUAGCUUAACUUAGCCUCUUGUCACACAAGGUGCCCAAACUUACCUCAGUUUAUUUUAUCUAAUCAGUUAUAAGCCGUAUGAGGACGCACAGCGAUAGCGACGUCUCUUUAGACCGCUGAGAAUUUAUGAUUAGUCAUCUGAAUUUACUGUUGCACUUAAAACACACCAAUAUAGUACGGUGAGUUCUACCUAUGUUCAAAUCUUAUGUUUCUUAGUUUUUAGUUCGACUCAUGACAAAAAGCUCCCAUGCAGUGGAAAGUGUUGUACCUUCAGGUCCAGCGAUACUUGUGUAGAGUUAAAGGUUGUUGCUCUUCUGUAAUUAAAAGACAAUCUGUCCUUUUUGCUGUUCCAGUGAUUGUGGAACGUGACUGUAUAUCACUCUGUUAUAUGCAUUGCUGUUUAAAACUAUGAUAAAAACGUAUGUGAAUGACCUCUGCCUGCAGCAUUCAAACACUAUUUUUGUAGUAGUAUAAGAGAGAGUGACCUGCUCUUUAUAUGAACAUGGGAAAGUAUUUUGUACUUUGUUGUUAACUCACCUCACUGAGAUGUGCUGUACAUUUUGUACAUGCAACCCUGCAUAUUUCUCAAUGUGGAACAGUGUAAUCCUUUCAAAAAAGAGAAAAAAAAACAACAAAAAAAAAGUUGUAUCUCAAGCUUAAACACAAAACGCUACAACAGUGUGGUCCCAAAACCAUGACUUAGAGGUAGGAGAAACUUCAAAGUGUUUUGCAUUUAUACUGUAAUCCUGUCUAUAACCAUUUCUGUUAGCAGGAAUAUAGUAACGUAGUGCUUAUUCUGUGAAUAUUUGUAUGUAUUUUUACUAUGUAUGUACAGUACACUUUUGAAGCUCAUGUGGCAGGCAUGCAACACCUUCACAGACAGAAUAAUACUAUAUACUUAUACUGUAUACACUUAUACAUGCACAUACUCUUAUAAGGUAUAUAAACAAAUAAACAUUUUGCUGUUAGCAAUACCCAGUGGUAUGAAAAUUAUCUUUCAACCCUCAUGUUUCCACACCUUAAGAA